AUGGAUGUGAAUAAUACAACAAACAAUUCUCUAACCGACGAUAAUACAAACGCAGGAUUACCUAUAAUUGUACAAUGCAUUUUCCUACUCCUAUUUGCUGUCGUUGUAAUUUUGGCUGUUACCGGAAAUAGUAUUGUAAUAUGGAUUGUACUUGCACAUCGUCGUAUGAGAACUCCGACGAAUUAUUUUCUUAUUAAUUUGGCUUAUGCGGAUAUACUCAAUGCUAUAUUUAAUAUCCCUUUUAAUGGGUAUUAUAUGGUAGUGCAAGUACCGUGGCCAUUCGGAAGUUUUAUGUGUUUUUGGGUACAAGCUGUUUCUCAUAUAUCAAUUGCUGCCAAUGUUCUUACAUAUGUAGCAAUUAGUUUAGACAGAUACUUUGCAAUUAUACAUCCCUUACGAACCAAAUUAACUCAUAAACAAACGAUUAUGAUUAUAUGUAGCAUUUGGAUACUUUCGUUUCUUGUAUCAUCGCCCGCAAUUCUCUCAUAUAGUCACGCUACAAGCGAUUGUAAGCUUGCCAAAGACGAUAGCCUUGAUAGAUUUGAAUGGAUAUUUUUCUCGGUGACAUAUGUGUGUCCUAUUAUUAUAUUAACAAUAACGUACACAAGAAUAGCUGUUGAGCUCUGGGGACAAACUGCUAUCGGAGAAGUGACAAAACGACAACGCGAUACGGUUCAAUCAAAACGAAAAGUUGUUAAAAUGCUUAUAGCUGUUGUAUUAAUCUUUGGCAUUUGUUGGUUUCCUCAGCAACUUUAUUUCAUUCUCCUUUCUCUAUUUCCAUCGAUACCUACAUUGUCAGGUACACCUUAUGCCUAUCUUAUAUCGUAUUUUUUUGCUAUGACAAAUUCAAUGUACAAUCCAUUUCUUUAUUGUUGUAUGAAUAACAGAUUCAGGAAUGGCUUCCGCAGUGUAUUUCGUUACUGUCCUUGUGUUGAAUGGUCGCCGGAAUAUUCUUGCGAAGGUUAUGUUUCAUGCCGUAGCCUAUCUGAACCAACGGCGCUUAGUGUUGUCUAUUCUUCUCAACGUCGAAGUCGAGCAACAAUUGGCCUUGCUAGUUCGUCUCAACAAUCGUCAGCAAAAAAAAAUGAAUUUUCUUUUAAUUAUAAUCGACAACACCGACAAAAUUAA